AUGUCUGCAAAGAUGUUGAGCGCAGGGCUUGCUCACGAUAAGAUGCUAGAGUCCAUUGUGAUGACAUCUGAGUCAUCUGAGGAGAACAACGACGAACUGAAAGACCGACUGGCCAACUGGUUCUUGACUGUGCGAGAACCCAGAGACGAAAAACUAGACCUGAGCUACAUAGACCUCGAACAACUGGACAUGGUCCGGACGAAGCGGACGAUGGGGCGGACCUUCCUUUGCGAAAAAGCGGAAGGCAGCCCCAGCGCGGCCCCACUCAGGGCCUCACCCAGAAGCUUGCGCAUUGCUUCGACUGCUGCAGCAGCUUGGCAUUUGAGCUUGACAGCGGCGGUGGCGGUCUCCUUGCACGCAGGCACGCUCGAUCAGGGUGGCGACGAUCGUGUUUGGGCCAUUUGGGUGGGAAAGUCGCGGGACAGGAAGUGGGAGCACAGCAAGAGCCUGCCUGUAUCUGAUGCCACGUGCAUCUCAGAGAAGACGCAGCUCUUGCGGAAGACGCUGCCAACGGUGAACUGUGCCCUUUUGAGGGAGGAAAGGAGACCUACUACCUACUCCCGAACUUUCCAAUUUUCUGGUGUCACUUAUGUGCGCCGUACCUUCAUUCACUAUGACGACUUUGAGGAGCAGGAGGAGGCAGAAAGGUGCUGCCUCAGCGCGCCACCCUGGACCCUAAAGCUUUUGGUGCGCUUCAGCAUUCACCUUUGGUGGCCCGGGCUUGUUGCGCGAAGAGAUGAAGACUUGUUUGGAGGUCGAUCCGACGAUGAGCUCACUGCCAAGAUUGGGUGGGACUACCAGCCAGAGAAGAUCGAGGAGUAUUUCCGCGAAAAGCCUUGGCAGCUCGCCGAACAUGGAGCAGCCAUUGUUCAGGCCCUGCUUGGCUUGGCUGCAUCAACGGCGAUCCUGCUCAUCCAGGGCCAGGCUUGGGCUCAAAUUCGCUUGAAGCUAGCGCCGGAGGUGAGGCGCAGCCUUUGUCAGCUAGGCCCAUCGUACAUUAAGCUAGGCCAGGCCUUGGCCUCUCGCCCGGACUUGGUGGGCGGAGAACUGGCAGAGGAGCUGGUGCAACUGCAGGACAGCUUGCCAGCCUUCGACACGAAAGAUGCGCUUGAGGUCAUCAAGCAAGAAUUCCAAGGGGCACAGGACCCAGCAGCUGCCCAGGAACUCUUAAAGUCCUUGGAGGGCGCUGUGCCGAAAGCAGCCGCAUCGCUGGGGCAAGUCUAUCAAGGAGUCCUCCGUGGGCGUUCGGUGGCCGUGAAGGUCCAGCGGCCCGAGGCGCGGCGCUUGGCGGCCGUGGACGCCGCGCUGCUGAGGUCCCUUGCGCGUGGCGUUGAAGCUUUGCGGAACCCUCUAGAUGGGCAACGAUUGGUACGUGCAAAUGUCCUUGGGGCGGUCGAUGAGUUCUGCUCCCGUCUCUUCGAGGAGCUGGAUUAUCGUCGAGAGGCCUCGAACUGCGCCACCUUUGCGGCCCUCUAUGGCGACCACGGCAACUAUGCCUCGGAUCUGCCGCCGCCAGGAUUGAAGAUCCCAGAACUGGAACCGGACUUCUGUGGCCGUGGGGAAGACUCGGUGGCAGUGGGUGGAAGGAGAGCGUUUGGCACCCAGCGCAGAUGCCAAAGAGGAUUUGCCUCUUGUGGAGAUGGGAAUUUCAGCCACGCUCUUGCAGCUUCUGGGUACGGGUGUGAUGCACACCGACCCUCAUGGAGGGAAUUUGCUGAAGGCGGGCAUGUGGUCGGCGGGCAGUUGGUGUGCUUUCAGAAGUUAGCAAGGUUUACUUGGACUUUGGGCUUGUAG